UUUUGCCGUCCACUUAUGUUCCUCUCAACUCGAAUCUCCUCCGCUUCUAAAUCCCCGUUCAAAUCCAAAACCCUUAUCACUCUCCUCCCAAUCUUCCGCCGUUCAUCCACUGCUGCUGCGCCGCCCAUGGAAGUAUCUGCCUCCGAGGAGACCCUCCGCGGCAAUCUGGCCGAGAAGCGGGCCGCCGUGGACUCCCAAGCAGAAGCCGUCCGUAAGCUCAAGGCGGUGGGUGCCGAGAAUUCAGAGAUCAACGUCGCGGUCGAUAACCUCAAGGCCCUCAAGGUCGAGGCUUCCGCCGUGUCGAGGCGUCUUCAAGACGUUCUCAGCAGAAACGGCGGCAGCGGCGCUACUGACCGCGAGGCGUUCCGGCAAGCGGUUGUGAACACGCUUGAGAGGAGGUUAUUCUAUGUUGCUUCUUUCAAGAUAUACCGAGGGGUGGCCGGCUUAUAUGACUACGGCCCUCCUGGGUGCGCCGUCAAGGCUAAUGUCCUGGCUUUCUGGCGUCAGCAUUUUGUGCUGGAGGAGAACAUGUUGGAGGUAGAUUGCCCCUGUGUUACGCCAGAGAUUGUUCUGAAAGCAUCAGGUCAUGUGGAAAAGUUUACGGACCUUAUGGUGAAGGAUGAAAAGACAGGGACCUGCUACCGAGCUGAUCAUUUACUCAAGGACUAUUGCAAGGACAAACUAGAGAAGGAUCUUAGUCUGUCUACUGAGAAAUUUACUGAAAUAAAGCAUGUUUUGGCUGUGUUGGAUGAUUUGUCCGCUGAGGAACUUGGGGCUAAAUUGAAGGAGUAUGGAAUUACUGCUCCUGAUACGAAGAAUCCUUUAUCUGAUCCUUACCCCUUUAAUCUCAUGUUCCAAACCUCGAUUGGCCCAUCUGGCUUGAGUCCUGGCUAUAUGAGGCCGGAGACUGCACAAGGCAUCUUUGUCAACUUUAAGGAUUUGUAUUAUUACAACGGAAAUAGACUUCCAUUUGCUGCAGCUCAGAUAGGCCAGGCUUUUAGAAAUGAGAUUUCACCCCGACAAGGACUGUUAAGAGUUCGUGAGUUCACAUUGGCUGAGAUUGAGCACUUUGUUGACCCCAAAGACAAAUCCCAUGCAAAAUUUGUUGAUGUGGCUGACUUGGAGUUCCUAAUGUUUCCUAGGGAGUUGCAAUUGGCAGGUGAAUUGGCAAAACCAAUGGUUCUUGGUGAAGCAGUUUGGAAGGGAAUUGUCAAUAAUGAGACUCUGGGCUACUUUAUUGGGAGAGUUUACCUCUUUCUAACCCAUCUUGGCAUUGACAAAGAACGCCUUCGCUUCCGACAGCAUUUGCUCAAUGAGAUGGCUCACUAUGCUGUAGACUGUUGGGAUGCUGAGAUAGAAUGCUCGUAUGGAUGGAUUGAAUGUGUUGGAAUUGCAGAUAGAUCUGCUUAUGAUUUACGUGCUCAUACAGAGAAAAGUGGCGUUCCAUUGGUUGCUCAUGAGAAGUAUCCGGAACCUAUAGAGGUUGAGAAACUGUUGAUCACUCCAUCAAAGAAAGAACUGGGCCUUGCAUUUAAAGGAAACCAAAAGAUGAUUACUGAAGCACUGGAGGCCAUGACUGAAGCUGAAGCUUUGGAAAUGAAAGCUGCUCUGGAAUCUAAAGGAGAAAUUGAAUUCCUAGUCUGUAAUCUUGGAAAAUCAGUUUCCAUAAAGAAAAAUAUGGUCUCGAUCUCCAUAGAAAAGAAGAAGGAACAUCAGCGGGUCUUCACACCUUCUGUUAUCGAGCCUUCCUUUGGUAUUGGAAGAAUCAUCUACUGUCUUUUUGAGCACUGCUUCUACACAAGGCCAAGCAAAUCAGAGGAUGAGCAGCUGAAUGUUUUCCGCUUCCCACCUCUUGUAGCUCCCAUUAAGUGCACUGUUUUCCCACUGAUCAAGAAUGAAAAGUUCGAUGAAACGGCCAAAAUCAUUUCAAAAUCUUUGACUGCAGCUGGGAUCUCUCAUAUUAUUGACAUCACUGGUACCUCAAUUGGGAAGCGCUACGCAAGGACGGAUGAAAUUGGUGUUCCCUUUGCCAUCACCGUCGACUCGACCACCUCGGUGACCAUUCGCGACAGGGAUAGCAAGGACCAAAUCCGUGUGAGCAUUGAUGAAGUUGCUUUGGUGGUAAAGGAAGUAGCUGAUGGGCAGAGCACCUGGGCUGAUAUCAUGUGGAGGUUUCCAACCCAUUCAGCAUAAGAUGCUGAUGAGGACUGAGCUUCUUCUCUCACAACAGUGCCUUUGCAGUUGUGAGGAUUGAACUGAUCAUGAAUAGGUGGAGCAAGAUAACUAGCUUCAUCCAGAUUUUAUCCAUUGGAGAAACAAACAGCCAUGGCUUUUAGGCCCCAAAAAUUUGUUUUUGAUAUACUCUUAACUUCAUGUGAUGUGUGAAGUUUUGAUAUACUUACAAAUAGAAAAUUUUUCCUCUAUAUGUUAUAUACAAA